CUGUAUAUAAGAGAUGGAGCUGAGCAGCAGCCAGUCAGUGCAGGAGCCUCCUCUCAUCCAGCCAAACGAUGCUGCCCAUCCUCACCCUCCUCCUGGGGCUGCCGCUCUCCCUUGCAUCCCCGACGUGUGCCCCCCUCAUCCCGGUCACCUUCGACAAUGGCACCAUCCCUGGGCUCCUGGGACACUGGGUGUACAUCGCCGGUGCCUCCAGGUACCCGCCUCACCUGGAGGAGAUGAAAGCCCUGAAACACGCGGCUUUCUCCUUCUCUCCCGGCAGCCACGAGGACGAGAUCGACGUCAUUGAAAUCAUGCGGCUGAAUGAGACAUGUGUGGUGAGGAACACCAGCAAGGUCCUGAUCUUUCAGCACAACUCCACCAUGGCGCACGUUGAUGACCAGGUGUUUACCACAGCCGAACUGAUCCAAAGCGACAAGGACCUGCUGAUCCUCAAGCAUCUCAACGACAACUUCCCAAGUCUGAGCCUCUCAGCACGGACACACAACGUGAGCAAGGAGCAGCUGGAGGAGUUCAGAUCCCACCUGCACUGCCUGGGCUUCACCGAGGAGGACAUCAUCUUCACCUCCGAGAAGGAUGCCUGUCCCCUGCCUGAGGAGAAGAAGGGUGAAGGAGAUGUGGAGCCACAGCUGGAAUAAUCCCCAUGGGCCAGGUUGGCCACUACACCCUUAUCCUCCUCCGGUCCUUCCAUGGGGACACCCCAGCUCAGCUCAGCCUCAGGACUUUCUAUUGCGGUUUUGGUUUUCCUCCUGAAUGAAACACCCGUUUCCCUGUUCUCUCCUGGACCUACAAUAAACCUGUGUUACAAUCA